AUGGUCCUAUCUCAAAGUUCCGUUGUUGUUUUGGCAUUGGAAGAGAUGACAAUAGUGAAUGAUAAGGUGUGUCUAUAUUUUGGACCAAUUCGAAGGACCCUCACCGAUUCGGGCGAGUGGGGCUCAGAUACUUAUCCAGCAACAGUCACUGGCGAUAUUACUUUACAUGGAUGGAUGAACACCAAAGACGGAAAAGCGAGAGGCAGAGAGAAAGAGGAAGAAGAAGAGAAAGAGAAAGAGAAAGAGAAUGAGAAAGAGAAAGAGAGGGAGAAAGACUGA